GGAAAGGGAACGGGUAGUUUCGGUAAGCGCCGCAACAAGACGCACACGCUGUGCCGGCGCUGCGGUCGUCGCUCAUACCACAUUCAGAAGAGCCGAUGCGGUGCCUGCGGCUACCCCGCUGCGCGUGUGCGCAAGUUCAACUGGAGCGUGAAGGCGAUCCGGCGCAAGACCACGGGCACGGGCCGCAUGCGGUACCUCAAGGACAUGCCCCGCCGCUUCAAGAAUGGAUUCCGUGAAG